AUGAAAGUCAACGCUACUUUUUGUCUGCUGGCGUUAGCCUUCUUGGGUGAGCAGACCGCCAAUGCUCUGAGCAGUGAGAUGAGGGAUGCAAUCAAGAUGGUCGUUAAAUACCCACCCCAUAUCGACGUCAAGCCAGGCUCCUUCAUUGUCGAGCUCGAUGGAGAGCCCGCCAGAUUCUCGAUCGGCAAGCAGUACCACCUGCUGUUCAGUGGGUUUUCAGUCAAUGCUGACGAAAACUUUGACCCAGCACUGCUCGCAUCCCUGCCAGGUGUCAAGCGGGUGUGGCCAGUCAAGCUGCGCACGAUGCCUGCCGAGCCUAGCACCGCCAACAUUACCUACCCGAAUCUGGGCUUUACGGGCAAGGGCGUGAAAAUCGGCAUCAUUGACAGCGGCGUCGACUUCAACCACCCAGAGCUUGGAAACUGCUGGAAGACGCCUGGGUGCAUGUGGCAGUAUGGUGCUGAUUUUGUCGGAGACAACUACGACUCGAGAGAUUCGCAUGCUAUUAUCAACCCCCUUCCUCGCCCUAUGGACUGCAUGGGUCAUGGAACUCAUGUGGCUGGAAUCAUCGCUGCCCAGGGCCCCAAGGUCACUGGCGUGGCACCCGAUGCGACGAUGGGAAUGUACCGUGUCUUUAGCUGCCCCAAGAACGGCCACAACCCGUCAUCGGACGACGUGAUCCUGUCGGCUGUCGAGGCCGCCUACAAGGACGGUCACGAUAUCCUGUCGUUAUCGCUGGGGGGUGGUGGUUGGCCUGAAGACCCGCUAGCUGUUGCCUGCUCGAACCUGGUCAAGAAGGGCGUAAUUGUUGUUGCCGCCAACGGAAACGAGGGCACCUCAGGUCUGUUCACCGCCGGAUCACCCGCCCUGGGCCGCGGCGUCAUCAGCGUUGGCUCAGUAGACAACUGGAACAACACCGGGAGCGCCAUCAGCAUCACUACCAAGAGCAGCGUGAAGUCCAUCAUGAGCUCGACCCCGGGUAACGAGGAGAUCCCGUUUUUCUUUGAUAAGGAGACCCAGCUGGUUGCGGUCAACGAUGAAUCGGACAGCGAUCUUGGCUGCACAAACACGACCCAGUCCCUGUCUGGCAAGAUUGCGCUGAUCAAGCGCGGUGUUUGCACAUUUGACAAGAAGGCUGCCAAUGCUCAGGCAGCAGGAGCCGUGGGUGUCAUCAUCUACAACAACGUAGAGGGUAUGCUGAGCCCGUCAGUCACCGACCCCACCAUCAACAUCCCUGUCGUCAUCAUUGCCGAGGCCGACGGCAAUGAAGGCACCCAAAGGGAUAUCAUCACUGUUGAGAGCACAACUGGCGGCCAGAUGUCCCCCUUCAGCUCAUUUGGCCCUUCACCAGAACUCGAUAUCGCACCUCUGGUCUCUGGUCCUGGUGGCAAUAUUUAUUCAACAUUCCCGCUGAAACUCGGAGGCUAUACAUCACUUUCAGGGACCUCCAUGGCCACGCCAUACAUCACCGGAACUAUUGCGCUGUUCAAACAAGCUCAUCCCGAGUAUACCGUCGGCCAGAUUCGCCGUGCAUUGAUCACCUCAGCCAAGCCUAGGGUCAGCAAGGCUACUGGCUACAAUAUCCACCCGUACAAGAGCGGCGGCGGCCUGGUCAACAUUUACGACGCCAUCACCGCGCGCGCGCACUUCUUCCCGCCUGUGCUCUCCAUCAACGAUACCACCGAUGGCCUGCCCAAUGGAGACACCAGAAACUUCAUGCAGCUGGGUAUGCGGUGGGCACAAAGCUCGGUGACCAUCAAGAACCUGGACGCCAACAAGUCAGCGCGGAUCGCGCUAACCAACGCAGCGUCGGAAUCUCUCUCGUCGUGGUUUGCUAACGGUACCUUCAGUGCAGUGCCACGUACUGCACCAGAAUCGUUCGAUCCGGUGCCCAACCCGUCGAUAUUCACACAGGUGUUUGCCCCUCAGCUUCUUGGAUCGAACCUGCUUGCCCCAGGAGAGCAGCGCGAGCUUGAAGUGUUUAUUGUUUCGCCAUUUGGGUUGAAAGAGGAAGACCGCUUCUUCUACGGUGGAUACCUCAACUUUACGUUGACCUGGGAUGGCGAAGAUGACUCACCCAAGACAUACACAGUUCCGUAUGCCGGUUUCAACGGAAACUACCGCAAACAGGAUGUUUUGUCAGACCCCAAGGAGGAGCUGCCUAUCUUGACCGACGACGAGGGCAACCCGGUCAGCGAGCUCAACAAUUUCGGCGUCAGUGGAUCCAAGCCGCUAAUUGCGAACUUCCGCCUCGAGCUGCCAACGCGCAUGAUCUCGCUGACCCUUCUUGAUCCUGAGAACAAGACGCUGGGAUUCCUUCCAGAGGGCUACGGAGAGUAUGUUCCUCGCAAUCAGCAGGGCCCAUCUUCGUUCAUCUCGUACUCCAUCAUCAAUGGAACGGUUUUCGAAGACAAGGAGGCUACCCAGCCUGUGCAGGUCCCGCCUGGCAACUAUCGCGUCCGUCUCCAGGCAUUGCGGCCAUUCGGCGACCCCGGCAAGCAGACAGACUUCCAGAUCUGGGACUCCCCCAUAUUCUCGGUGUCCUAG